UCAUUUCAGGAUAAUAAUCACUCACACCGACUUCAGAGGGUCGCCAUGAAGACCAAAUGGAGUGUAGUUGAAGGGAAAUAUUUGCUGAUCUUAUGAGCACACGGUCUAACGAUGGCAGUCAGCCAAGCGGAGGGGCUGCUGCAGAGCUCGGGCGCUUUUCAGAGGGAUUUAAGGGCCCCAUAAAUAGUGCGGGCGGAGUCGGCGACCUCCUCACUGCAGCCCUGCCGCGCCUCGCUCCAUCCGCCUGUCUGGAGAAAUGUCUCACCAGGUGGAGCACCCGGCCGGAGGCUACAAGAAGCUUUUCGAAACCGUGGAGGAGCUGUCUUCCCCGCUCCUGGCUCACAUCCGAGGCAGAAUCCCGCCGUGGCUCGCCGGCAGCCUCCUCCGAUGUGGGCCCGGGCUCUUCGAGGUGGGCUCCGAGCCCUUCUACCACCUGUUUGACGGCCAAGCCCUGCUCCACAAGUUCGACUUUAAAGACGGCCGAGUCACCUACCACAGGAGAUUCAUCCGCACCGAUGCCUAUGUGAGAGCCAUGACCGAGAAGAGGAUCGUCCUGACGGAGUUCGGAACCUGCGCCUUCCCUGAUCCCUGCAAAAACAUCUUUUCCAGGUUUUUUUCUUACUUCCGAGGAGUGGAGGUCACCGACAACGCCCUGGUCAACAUCUACCCAGUGGGAGAAGACUACUAUGCUUGCACCGAGACGAACUUUAUCACCAAGAUCAAUCCUGAGACUCUGGAGACGAUAAAGCAGGUGGACCUUUGCAACUAUGUCUCAGUCAACGGUGCGACAGCUCACCCUCACGUUGAGAAUGACGGCACUGUUUAUAACAUUGGCAACUGCUUUGGAAAGAAUUUUUCUAUUGCUUAUAACAUCAUACGGAUUCCUCCCCUACAAGCAGACAAAGAAGACCCAAUGAACAAGUCUGAAGUGGUCGUACAGUUUCCUUGUAGUGAUCGGCUCAAGCCAUCGUACGUCCACAGUUUUGGGCUGACUCCGAAUUACAUCGUUUUUGUGGAAACGCCUGUCAAAAUUAAUCUGCUCAAGUUCCUCUCAUCCUGGACCCUCUGGGGAGCCAACUACAUGGAUUGCUUCGAGUCCAAUGAAACCAUGGGGGUCUGGCUUCACGUGGCUGAUAAGAAACGAGGCAAGUACCUCAACAACAAAUACAGGACAUCCUCGUUUAAUCUCUUCCACCACAUUAACACAUAUGAAGAGGACAACUUCCUGAUUGUGGACCUCUGCUGCUGGAAAGGCUUUGAGUUCGUUUACAAUUACCUGUAUUUGGCCAAUUUACGGGAGAACUGGGAGGAGGUGAAAAGGAACGCCAAGAAGGCGCCCCAGCCCGAAGUGCGGAGAUACGUGCUGCCCUUGGCUAUUAACAAGGCCGACACAGGCAAGAACCUGGUGAGUCUGCCCAACACCACGGCCGCCGCCAUUCUCUGCAGCGACGAGACCAUCUGGCUGGAGCCCGAAGUCCUCUUCUCGGGGCCCCGCCAAGCCUUCGAGUUUCCCCAAAUCAAUUACCAGAAGUACGGCGGGAAACCCUACGCGUUCGCCUACGGCCUCGGGCUCAACCACUUUGUCCCCGACAGGCUCUGCAAGCUGAACGUCGUCACGAAGGAAACGUGGUUGUGGCACGAGCCCGACUCCUACCCGUCCGAGCCCAUCUUUGUGUCCCACCCAGAUGCCCAGGAGGAAGACGACGGAGUGGUUCUGAGCGUGGUGGUGAGCCCCGGGGCCGGCCAGAAGCCCGCGUGCCUGCUCGUUCUCAACGCCAAGGACAUGACGGAGGUGGCCAGGGCCGAAGUGGAAACCAACAUCCCGGUCACCUUCCACGGCCUGUUCAGGAGAUCCUGAUGCGUCCCGGAGGCCCCCAGGACCAGCCUGCUCGUCCGUCCUUCCUUCUGUCCGUUGUCCCGCCAGCUGGCCCUAGCCGUCCCUCGGGGCUCCCCGAGUGGCCAGGGCGGCCCUGACGGACCGAGGGAGCCCCUCGGAUAGACCACCCUGGGCAGUCGGAGGUGGCAUCUGUGUGGGCGUCAUUAAAGCCAGAUGAUU